GUUUUGUGUCAGUGAUGUGAUGUGAAUUUGUAUUACAAAAAAGUAUGUACACAGUAUAAGUAAUCGUCAUUAAAAACCUAGCUAUUUCGAGAUUAUAAGCAAAUAAUAGUAGCCGUAAAUUAAUUCAGCCUAAUAAUAUUACAUUGAUUUGGUAAAUAAAGAUGGCUAACAUACCAGAGUGCCCUCCGAGCUUGAAACCGAUUCAGCAUUACUUAAAAACUGCUGCGGAACAUGACGCUAGAGAUCCUGUUGUUGCAUAUUGGUGCAGACUUCAUGCACUGCAAGUUGGCCUUAAACUCACUCAGAAGAAGACACCAGAGGAGACGAAAGUUCUGAUGGCUCUAAUGGAUUGGUUGGAAGAAACCAAAAAGGAGCAAAAGGAUAAUGAGGCGAUCAGUAAUGAAGUAGCUGCUCAGGCACACCUUGAAAACUAUGCUCUGAAACUAUUUUUAUAUGCCGACAAGCAGGAUAGGGAGCAAAACUAUGGAAAGAAUGUUGUGAAAGCAUUCUACACAGCUGGCAUGAUAUAUGAUGUCCUCACAACAUUUGGAGAGCUGACAGAUGAAGCUACACAGAACCGAAAGUAUGCCAAAUGGAAGGCCGCUUAUAUUCACAAUUGUCUCAAGAAUGGGGAGACACCAGUACCAGGUCCCAUGCCAACGGAAGACAGUCAGAGUGAGGACACACCGGCAGACAGCACUCCCGAGUCACACCCGCAGGCUCCGGGCUUCCUGCCCGUCAACCCUACCCUCCCUAGCGUCCCUUCGUCCCUCCCCUCAGUACCAACAUCCUUCCCUUCAGUUCCAUCCAGUUUUAACAACUCCCUUCCAGAUGCGAAUACAGCGAUGCGGGCAGCUUCUCAACUACCACCAGUUCCGUACACCCCUGACCCGAAUCCUGGAGGAUUCGUACCAUAUGAUCCAUCACAGCAGCCGAUACCAGCCCAAACACCAGUGUACACCAGUUCUUCAGUUGCACAACUGACUCCGGAGCAAAUAACAAAAGCGCAGAAGUAUUGCAAGUUUGCAAACAGCGCUUUAAAUUAUGAUGAUGUUCAAACGGCAAUCACUAACUUGAGAAAUGCUUUGGAAUUGCUCCAGACUGGCCGGGAUCCUGCUUAAUGAUAAGUACUUGUAUAUUUAUAUUGUUAACCCGACUCAUCUCACUGCACAGUUUUAAAACUUUUACAGUAUAAUACCUAGAAGGUGCAUUGUCGAAAUGAUUAAAUUAAUAAUGUACCUUUUGCCAAAUCCUUCAAGUCCAAAUAAGAAUCAUUUUGUAGACAGUAAAAUCCUAAUUGAUUGAAUACCGAGCAGAUUGUAUAGACAUUGCUGUAUUAUUGUUUGCCAACUGGCACAUAAAAGUUAUUUAUUGUUAUCUACACACAUACACGAACAUGAUUUCAUAAGAAAUCUUUGUAUUGUAUAGCUUUGCCUUUAGCACUCAAUACAGGAGACUACAAUAUUCCAAUACAGCCAUAAACAUAACGCGCGAAAAA